GUUACUGCUGAGGGUUGAUGUUUUAUGCAAGAUUUUCAAUCAAACUUGACAAAAUGUUGAUUCCAUGAAAAAAGGAAAUUCUGUCGAUUUUAAUGGAUUUUAUUGAAUCAAAAUUAAUAUCAAAUAUUGACUUUCUAUUCUCUUUUCUAUUGUUCUUUGUUUAUUGAAUAUUUUGAGGUUGUUUGAAAAUAGCGCCAUGGCUGAGUCGAAACUUGUUUUCGCCCGUUUUCGGUUAUUUGUUAGCAACCAAAACUUGCUUGAAUAUUCUCCAGUUCACACAAUUUUGCUUACAUUCUUUCCUGUUUUCAAGUUCUGCAAUAUUGCUAUUGAUAAUUGUUGAAAUGGAACGAAAUAAUAAUUCUGAUAAAACUACAUUCAAAGUAAAGUUUUUAGGUGAAUAUCAUGACAUGGUUAUUGAUUGGAAUGAUGAUAAAUAUGAAUACAAACAACAACAAGUAUUCGAACAGCUCGAAUCAUUGACUGGAAUACCAAUCAAAUAUAAAACAUUAUUCAGGCUGCUUGAAGCUCGACCUAAUCUUCGUGGAGAUUAUCCAAAUGAUGAAAUCUGGUUUCGAAUUGAUGGUGAAGUCACAAAACGUUAUCUGUACUUUCACAACAAUAGAGAGCCUGUUAACUAUGAUAUUAGGUACGAUUGUGAUUUUGUCAAGGACAACAUCCAUGAUGUAUGCAUUAUGGACGGCGAACGCUUUCAGCUCGGAUUUUUUGUUCGUUAUGACAGUAUGUCUUUGAAACGCAUUGGUAUUGGUUAUUAUUUGGUACCUGAGAUCUGGGUUGAAGAAGGAGUAUGCACUUAUUGUUUUUGUCAGCAUAGUCAUACUAAAAGUUAUUUUAAAAGGAUAAAAGAUCUUGUUACUAAUGAAGAAUUGAAUUCACAAAUUUCGCAUCGAGUCCAACCACUAGAGGAAAACAUGCGCUAUAACGAUGAUUCGGAGGACGAACUGAACAAGGUUUACGAAGAAUACAAUGUUCGACAAUUGCUAGGGAAUAAUUGCCAUUUAUAUCAAUGGAGGUGGGAAAACGAGGAAGAAGGUGUUGAUAUAAUAAUAAACCUAGAACAAUAUCAAAGAAUGCGUGGUUGAUUACUUUAAUUGAACGAAUAAAUCUUCUGUCAAAAUGUCUUAUCUGAUCCACUGACUGACUCGACCUGUUAAUCGUCCUUCUUUUGUAUGAUUCUAGAUGAUAAGAUUAUUUUAUACUGAAAAUUAUUAACCAAUAUCUUAACGUCUUGCCAUCUCAAUUUAUGGACGCUCGAAGGCACAGUAAUCAUUGAUCAAGUUCAAUAUCUAAGAAUGCGUGGCUGAUUACCUCAAUUGAAUCAAUAAAUCUUCUUUCAAAAUGUCUUUUCACAAUGUUUUUAUCUGACCCACUGAUUUCUUUAAAUCGUCGCAACAAAAAUGAGAAAUGAUGGCCUUUUACUUUACUUUUGUUGUUCAUGGUCGUAAAUGUUAAAUUUGUGAAAGUCCCCAGUCCCCAGAACGCAAAUGUCCUUUUUCUAGUUUAUUGUUGGCAAAGGACAUAAUGUCAAACUGAAUAUAAUCUUACAAAAAUCAUUAGAAAAAUCGGAUAACCUUUCAUGAUGUAAAUAUCCGCAAAGUUCCUUCAAUAUACUAAUAUAUGUGUAAAUGAAACAAUAAAAUUUGAGAUCAAUCAAUUGUUCUUUCUUUAACAAAUAUUUUGCGGUUGUUUGAAAAUAGCGCAAUGGCUGAGUCGAAACUUGUUUUCGCCCAUUUUCGGUUAUUUGUUAGAAACCAGAACUUGUUUGAAUUUUCUCCAGUUCACACAAUUUUCUUUACCACACGUUUCCUGUUUCCCAUUUCAAUUAUAUUGCUAUUGAUAAUUGUUGCAAAUGGAACAAAAUAAUAAUUCUGAUAAAACUACAUUCAAAGUAGAGUUUUUAGGUGAAUAUCAUGACAUGGUUAUUGAUUGGAAUGAUGAUAAAUAUGAAUACAAAGAACAACAAGUAUUCGAAAAGCUUGAAUCAUUGACUGGAAUACCAAGCAAAUAUAAAAUAUCAUUCCAUCUAAUCCAAGCUCGACCUCAUCUUCAUAAGAAUUAUCCGUUUCAUGGCACCUUGCUCCCAUACGAAGACCCAGACGCACAACGUUCUCUAUACUUUUUCAAUAGAACACAGUAAUCUCAAAUUUUAUAAUUGCUCGAACAUCAAACAGCCCAUUUAUGUACCAAUUUAUGUAUUAAUUUUUUCUAACUUUUCUCAUAGCUUUCCUCAGAAUGACAGGUUCUCAGUUGACUUUGUGAAGGACAACAUCCAUGAUGUAUGCAUCUUUGACGGCGAACGCUUUCAUCUCACAUUUCAUGUUUAUUAUAACAAUAUGGUUUUGAAACGCAUUGGUAUCACUUAUAAUUUGGUACGCGAGAUCUGGGUUGAAGAAGGAGUAUGCACUCGCAUGUUUUGUCACCAUAGACGAACUAAAAGUUAUUUUAAAAGGAUCAAAGACCUUGUUAAUAAUCAUGAAUUGAAUUCACAAAUUUCACAUCGUAUCCAACCAAUAGUGGAAAUCAUGCGACAUAACGCUGUUAUUCAUUGGUUUAUGGAAAUGGAAAAGAUUUACAGAGAGUUCAAUGUUCAACAAUUUUUUAAGAAUAAUUGCCAUUUAAAUAAUUGGCAAGAGAGAUUUGGUGACGAGGAUGGUAUUGUAACAAUAAACCUAGAACAAUAUCUAAGAAUGCGAGGCUGAUUACUUCAAUUGAAUGAAUAAACCUUCUUUCGAAUUUUUUACAGCGUCUUUACUUUAAUUUUACUCAUUGAUUUGAAAUUUGGUUCGAAAAGUGUUCAACUAUGUCAUAGUCGCCUGAAUAAACAUGAAGUAUAACAAUCUGCAGAUACCUUCGAGAAACAUUCAUUCUUUUUAUUCGAGUGCGAGAGUCGAAAUUUGAAUAAUUAAAAUGACUUAUCCAGUUUGUUGAGAACUUGAGCAUUUAAUAUCUCAAUGAAUAACACAAAAUUGUUUACUACGAUUGAUAACAAUAAGUUGUUACUUAUAUUAUAUCAUUACUAGGUCAGACGAUCAUUCGACAAAAUAGGAGCUCUAGUGAUGUACUGAACUGAGCUUAUUCAUUUAUCAAGAUAUCUCGUUCAUCAACGUUACCAAUACUUCAUAACAUUCAGUCCCUUCGAUAUAUUGAUACAUAAAUAUUAUAAAUAUGCAUGAAUAAAACAAAAAAUUUGAGAUAAAUCAAUUUUUCUUUGUUUAUUGGAUAUUUUGAGGUUGUUUGAAAAUAGCGCCAGAGGUGAAUCGAAACUUGUUUUCGCCCAUUUUUGGUUAUUUGUUAGCAACCAAAACUUGCUUGAAUAUUCUCCAGUUCACACAAUUUUGUUUACAUUCUUUCCUGUUUUCAAGUUCUGCAAUAUCGCUAUUGAUAAUUGUUACAAAUGGAACAAAAUAAUAAUUCUGAUAAAAGUAAGUUUCGUUAUUUUAACUUGAGUAUAAAAUAACUUUUACCUUUCACUUCUUUAGCUAAAUUCAAAGUAAAGUUUUUAGGUGAAUAUCAUGACAUGGUUAUAGAUUGGAAUGAUAACAAAUAUGAAUAAAAACAACAACAAGUAUUCGAUCAGGUGAGUUAUGUUUAUUACUCGAUCAUUGACCAACAACUUAUUCCAAUUCCAUUAUUGUUUAUCAAUUAAAUUUAGCUCGAAUCAUUGACUGGAAUACCAAUCAAAUAUAAAACAUUAUUCAGGCUGCUUGAAGCUCGACCUAAUCUUCGUGGAGAUUAUCCAAAUGAUGAAAUCUGGUUUCGAAAUGAUGGCGGAGUUCAUCGACGUUAUCUGUACUUUCACAACAAUAGAGAGUAAUCUUAAAUUUUAUAAUUAAUCGAAACAUCAAUUAGCCAUUUUGUGUAUUAAUUUUUUCUAACUUUUCUCAUAGCCCUCCUUUCAAUGAUAUUAGGUUCAAUUGUGAUUUU